AUGAUGAGUAGUGCAACGUUAAGUGAUGUGGAAACGUUAGAAAACAUACCGAGGGGAGCCCCAAUCGGGGGAAGUGGUAUUGUCAGUGGCACCGCCUCGGAAGGGAGCAGUCGCGGGGCGGAACGGUCCACCGUCGCGAAUGUAUCGGAAGAUGGUGAAAGGGGGCGCAGAGAGGAGGAGGAGGACCGUAAGCCGCUGAUCAUGGAUCAAUCUGUGAUCAUGGAUGAAGAACCCUAUAUCUCCCCGGCGAAAGCUAAAAAGAUCUCAUGGAAAUGUGGACUGUGCGGCUAUUAUGUGCUCGCUAUGGACCACAAUGGAAACCCACUGGAACUGACUAACUCCCCCUCUGGGGAACCCCUACCCAUGAGUUGCCCUCGCUGCAUGCUUUUACACCAUGACUGGGAACCCGCGGUGCCAUUUGACGAUUUCAACAAUCAUGCGAAUAUUCGUUCUAAGCAAUCAAACAGCUACGUCAUAAGCGACCAAAAGAGUGGGAAGCAAGCAGGUUUCGUUCCCGCACGUACCCCAGCAGAAAGAGAUCUUAAAAAGACUUCUGCAGACAUCACGCGCAUUUUGCAGGAAGUAGAAGAUCGGUGGAGAAACUACGCCCCUAGAGAAAGUCCCACAUCAAGGGAACAGGGUCCGAAAGGGAGGCUGAUGGCGUAUUACUGCGACAAGUGCAACAGAGAGCUACUGCGUAUGGAUCAGUAUGGCGAGCUGGUCCCUAUGGUGUCAGAUAAGGAAGGGAAGCCGCUCCCAAUUGUUUGUCCAGGAUGUAAAGAGGAGCACAGCGAGUGGGUUGUAAGGCCUUUUACCGUUACCAGGUAA